AUGAACUACGAUCCGGUCACUCCUCGUGCAUCACCAGUGCCCAAAGCUCCCCCUUGCAACUCCAAGGUCGAGUUGAAGGCGGAAAAUUCGUAUCGCGAACAUAUUGAGCCUUCCGACACCGAUCCUUAUGCUUUCCUGAAGUCCUUCGACACUAUCUUCAUUGAUGACAGCGGAUCAAUGUCGGGUCGCUCGUGGCAAGAGACCAGGAAGGCUCUAGAGAAUAUUACUCCAAUCUGCACCCAAGACGACGGAGAUGGCAUCGACCUCUACUUCCUGAACCAUACUGCCUCCACCAAGCCAAUCAACACCAUCGUCACUACCGAUGGUGAACCAACCGAUGAUAUGGAGGCUCACAUCGUCGGGGCAGCAAAGAAGCCGGAUGAUUUAGAAGCGUCCGCAUGGCAAGGGGGGACUCAGUUCCAGGUUGGCAAGGAGGAGCAUAUGCGUGCAGCCAUCAAGCAGCUAUACGACAGACUUGUGAAGCUCUCUGGCGAUGAGAAGAUCGUCAUGCCCUACCUCCCGAAAGCAUCAUCGGCGCGAUACAGAGCAUUCCCCAAUACAGCCCCGAAAGGCUGUGACCGCUCCCGUACGGUAUCCCGCACCCAAUUGCUCCGUAUCAACCCCGCAGCACUCACUUUCCUCACUAUAUUUGCCCAGUUGUCGAUCAUUCAAGCCGCCCCUCAACAUAUAUCAACAACAUGGGGCAUACCUAUCUUCAAUACACUCGGUGUAGGAACAGGCCUGGCGAUCUCGGUCUUUGACGACGAGGCAAAUACCCAUCCCGUCUUGUACUGGAUUGUAUACGGUUUCUGGAGUGUAUCUGCGUUACUGGUCGUCGCCUUCACUACCUUUUCCAUCAAGAAGAGCUCUCGAUUGCGCUAUUUUUGCACCUUCGUCCUCGUAGAAUUUAUCCUCCUGACCAUGAUCGCAGUGUCAUCGAUUGGUGAUCAGGGGUUCGUAACAAAGCAUCUAAGGGAGUGGACGCCUUUAGCAACGGUCGCCAUUGCUGGUGCUUUGACGGUAGGGUUCAAGAGGGUGGCCUGA